AUAAAAAAAUUAUUUUAAAAGCCCAACUCAUCCGGGCGGCAAUAACAUAAUAUAAAGCUCGUGGAGUUCGAAAAUCGACAUCGAAGAAAAGAAAAUGGACGAUUCAGGUGCGAUUCUCUGUCAGUUAUCAGCACUUAAGGAUAUGCUUGAUCAGGUGAACGAAGAAAUAGAGGCGAAUUUCCAAAUUACCAGAGAUAUCGAAUCAGAAAUCGUCAAGUGUUCCGAAUUCGAGAGAACUUUAGCUGUUCGAGAGUCGGAGUUGAUGAAGACGAUGUACAUGCUUCAGUUUGAAAUAAAAGGACUCAUGGCCAUGAAUGAUGAAUCGAGAGCGAGAAGAGAAUGCCUACAGAAGGAGCUGUCUUGCAUGAAAAUGAAGCAACACGAGAUACUUGUAAGAAUCAAAAGCAAAAGGGAAACUUUCUGUACAUUGUGUCUGGAAUUUCAGAAGGGGGUUGAGGAGGAAGGACAUGGUAAAGUAGGGAAGUUGUUGGCGGAGAAAGAGUACCUUGAGAAUGAAGUUCGUCUUCUCGGGAGGAAAAUUAGUUCAUUGCAAAAUUCAAUGUCAGAUUUUGUUCAAGAGAUACUUGAAGGUAUUGAUGCCUAUAAUUCAGAAUUGGCUAUUGUGGUAGAGAGUGGUAAUUCUGAGAACGACAAAUUGGUUAAAGAAAUUAAUGAACUGAAGGCCACAUUGCUUGCAACAAUGUCAUCAUGACAGUCAUACAAGGUAAUAUUAGCAUUGUAGCAUUGUUUCCUAGUCCUAGAGAUGCUUUUCCCUGUACAUCUUGACAGUUUAAAACGUAUAGAAAGUAGAUAUGAUAAUUGACACUUGCAGUCUUGCACAAUACAUUCACCCUCAAAGUUUCAAAAUCGGAGGAAGAUUUAAAAAGUGAACAUAGAACAUAAA